AAGUGCUAAAUUUUUGUUGUCCACAACUCCUAUAAGUAUCUUGCAACAAUUCUCGCAAGUGAAUCUAUAACCCCUCUCUUUCUAUAAUUGUGAAAAAGCUCUGGCUUGCUCUCUCAAUUUCUGUCAACCAUGUCGACCGUUAGCAUAGGUUCUCUACAGCACCACAGUCUUAGAGAGAACCCUAAGUACAGUCCCAAAUCCAAAGCAUUCAAACCUGGUUCAUUGAAUUGCUCGCCUCAGACUCAGACUCUGACUCAGACUAAGCUCUUCUUCCAUUCUCGACGCUUCUGCAACUUCAGAGCUCCAAAGCAUUCUCAUGUUGUUGUUAAAGCUGCCUCCACCGCCGAAACCGCCGUCGUUCAGACCUUCGAAUCCGCUGAGCUUUUCUUCAAGGAGACUUUCCCUCUCAAACGAACUGAAACGAGUGUGAAGGGAGAAAGAAAUGACGUGCAUAAAAAACUCAAAAUUGUGGAGGGAAAGAUCUUCGUCCGACUAGAUCAGGUGAAAAAUAGUCAGAUUUGGCAGCUAACUGUAGGUUGUAAUCUUCCUGGGAAAUGGAUUCUUCACUGGGGAGUUUCGUAUGUCGGCGAUGUUGGCAGUGAAUGGGAUCAACCUCCUACUCAAAUGAGACCCCCAGAUUCGAUCCCCAUCAAGGACUAUGCAAUAGAGACACCCAUGAAGAAAUCAUCGUCAUCGGAAGGAGAUGGAUUUUACGAAGUGAAGAUUGAUCUCAGCCCCAAUAGCGAAAUUGCUGCAAUAAAUUUUGUUUUGAAGGACGAUGAAACUGGAGCUUGGUAUCAGCACAGAGGGAGAGAUUUUAAGGUGCCUCUUGUGGACUAUGUUCAAGAUGAUCGGCCUGAUAGCGAUAUAGCAGGAGCAAAAUGGGGCUUCAGUAUAUGGCCAGGGGCUUUUGGCCCGCUAUCUAGCUUGAUCCUCAAAGGAGAAGCAUCGGCUACUACUGGUCCAGACAACAGCACCAAUUCCAGAGACCCUAAACAAGAAAGUAGGAGCCUAGAAAAGUUUUAUGAUGAGCAGCCCAUUGCAAAACAAGUUUCUGUUGAUAACUCGGUCACUGUUUCUGUUAGAAAGUGCCCUGAGACUGCUAAAAAUCAUCUACAUGUAGAAACUGAUCUACCUGGAGAUGUUGUUAUUCACUGGGGAGUUUGUCUAGAUGGUGCUAAAAAGUGGGAAAUUCCUGCUGCCCCAUAUCCACCAGAAACAAUAUCAUUCAAGGACAAGGCUUUGCGGACUCGAUUACAGCCAAAAGAGGGUGGUGAUGGUUGUUGGGGAUCGUUUACUGUAGAAGAAGGACUUGAAGGAUUUCUUUUUGUGCUCAAGCUAAAUGAAAACACUUGGUUGAACUGUAUGGGAAAUGACUUCUACAUCCCCCUCUCAAGUUCUAGCUUGUCUGCUAGAUCCACACAGAGUCUAUCUGAAGGCACACAGAUACCCGAAAAGAAUGCAAAAGAAAAUCAAGAAGGAUCUCUUAGUAAAUAUACUAAUGGAAUAAUUAAGGAAAUAAGGAACUUGGUAGGUGACAUUUCCUCUGAGAAGAGCCAAAAGAUCAAAAGUAAAGAAGCACAAGAAAGUAUUCUUCAAGAAAUUGAAAAACUGGCUGCUGAAGCCUAUAGUAUCUUCAGAAGCUCUGUUCCAACAUUCACAGAGGAAGCUGUUGUUGAAUCCAAGGAACAAAUAUCUCCAGUCAAAAUAUGCUCAGGGACAGGCACAGGGUUCGAAAUAUUGUGCCAAGGAUUUAACUGGGAAUCUCAUAAAUCUGGAAGAUGGUACAUGGAGCUGAUAGAAAAAACUGCAGAGUUAUCUUCAAUUGGUUUCACUGUGCUAUGGUUACCACCACCUACAGAAUCUAUAUCACCUGAAGGAUAUAUGCCAAGGGAUUUAUAUAAUCUAAAUUCCAGAUAUGGAAAUAUUGAUCAGCUGAAAGAAGUUGUGAAGAAAUUUCAUGAAGUUGGUAUUAAAGUUCUUGGAGAUGCUGUCUUGAAUCACCGCUGUGCACACUAUAAGAAUCAGAAUGGUAUUUGGAAUAUCUAUGGUGGCCGUUUAAAUUGGGAUGAUCGUGCAGUUGUUGCAGAUGAUCCACAUUUUCAGGGCAGAGGCAACAAGAGUAGUGGAGAUAAUUUCCACGCUGCUCCAAACAUUGAUCAUUCACAAGAAUUUGUGAGGAAGGAUCUAAAAGAAUGGUUAUGUUGGCUGAGGAAAGAAAUUGGGUAUGAUGGAUGGAGGCUUGAUUUCGUCAGAGGAUUUUGGGGUGGUUAUGUCAAAGAUUACAUAGAUGUAAGUGAACCUUCCUUUGCUGUUGGGGAGUAUUGGGAUUCCCUCAGUUAUACAUAUGGUGAAAUGGAUCACAAUCAAGAUGCGCAUAGGCAGAGAAUUAUUGACUGGAUCAACGCAACUAAUGGAACUGCUGGUGCAUUUGAUGUCACAACGAAAGGGAUUCUUCAUGCAACACUGGAAAGAUGUGAAUAUUGGCGAUUAUCAGAUUCAAAGGGAAAGCCUCCUGGGGUUGUUGGAUGGUGGCCAUCGCGUGCUGUUACCUUUAUAGAGAAUCAUGAUACUGGUUCUACUCAGGGCCAUUGGAGAUUCCCACGUGGAAAGGAAAUGCAAGGAUAUGCUUAUAUUCUGACUCAUCCUGGAACACCCACAGUGUUCUUCGACCACAUUUUCUCUCACUACCGUUCUGAAAUCGAAGCUCUAAUCUCUAUAAGAAACCGGAACAAACUCCAUUGUCGCAGUAUAAUUAAAAUUACUAAGGCUGAAAGGGAUGUGUAUGCGGCUAUUAUUGAUGAAAAAGUUGCGGUUAAGAUAGGACCAGGUCAUUAUGAACCCCCAAGUGGGCAGCAAAAAUGGUCUUCAGCCUGCGAGGGAAAAGAUUACAAGGUCUGGGAAUCAUCUUCAUAGAACACAACGAUUUCACUUGUGUAUUUUAGUAUAUAAAGUCCAUUACAGGUGGUGUUUGCUUAGUUUUUUUCCUACAAAGCAAGUUGAAGAGCACCACAAGAAUAAAAUACUUGUUCACGAUGGUGGAUUGGUUGCGUACUCCUAUUGAAGUUGGUUCUGCCAUUCUUUUCCUGACAUAGAGGCCAGGUUAAGAGCAACUUGACUAAGGGCUGACAGUGGGGUACUAUCAUGGCACCGUGGAAACAUUUUCUAUAUAAACAUGUAAAAUAAAAUAAUUAUACCUACACUAUUGUAUAAUUUUGUAAAACAAAUCAUCUAUCAUAAGAGAUGAGUAUAUUAAAUUGUUCUCAUCAGUGGAACAAUAUAAAUCACCUAUUCUAUUCC